AAAAUUGCAAUAAUGUGUACACAUGCGCUGACAACACGGGUCAAGGCAGCGCUAAUGGUUCAGCCAGCUUCACUAGCAGCAAUACUGAUAGGAACACCAACACCACUACUCCACCCUCCCCUCCCGGUCCGCCUCCAGCCACCUGCAGCCGUUCACCUCCCAACUGUCUCGAUGAGCACCGACCAAGACGAAACAACCAAUCUCAAUGAAAUGUUUCACCAGAAACGGAUCCUCCGAUCAAAAGUCCGAAAGGCCCUCAAGUCCAUGGAUCUGUCCCUCCGAUCCCAAGAAGACAACGCCAUCCAGAGUAAUGUCUUAGAAGCUUCAUGGUUCAAGUCUAGCCAGAGAUUAUGCGCUUAUAUAAGUUGCAGUGCUUUACGCGAGGUUGAUACGUCCAAACUGUUAUCGGAAAUUCUACAGAAUCUGGCCAAAGAUGGCUGUGCUCAGACUGCAAAAAAGCUUUAUGUUCCAAGGGUGGAGGACAAGAAUAGUCAUAUGCGAAUGCUCAACAUCUCAAGCAUGGAUGAUCUAAUUGCAAACUCCAUGAAUAUUUUAGAACCAGCUCCAGCAGAUGGUGUUGGAAAUUUAAGAGAAGAUGUGAUGCAGGCAAAUGAUCCAGUUGAUUUGUUCAUCCUGCCUGGACUUGCGUUUGACAGAUCUGGAAGACGCUUGGGGCGUGGUGGAGGGUAUUAUGACACCUUUUUGAGGAAGUACCAAGAACUUGCAAGGGAGAGGAAUUGGAAGCAACCCCUCUUGGUGGCACUAUCUUACUCUCUACAAAUCAUGGAUGAUGGAAUUAUACCAGUAACUUUGCAAGACGUAUUGGUGGAUGCUCUUGUAACUCCAUCUGGCUUUAUUCCCAUUAGCAAAUCUGCCUUGGAAAGAUUUGACAAUGGACUGUGAAGUCACACCUUAAUCUUUCUCGAUGAAAUCCUAAAUUAAUUGCAAUUUAGUUCACUUGUAACCUGAGGAGGAGGAUCAUAUGUUCUGAAAGCAUUCAAAUGCUAAGGUUUUGGUACAUUCAAUACAAUUAUGAGCAGAAAAUUUAUUUCUUUAUCCAUAUAGACCAGUGUGCUGGGAGCAUCAAAAUGCGAUAAAGAUUCUCCUAUGCUGUUAAUUAGAGGCUAUAAUUAGUUGUCUGAGGAAUAGAGCUUAAAGCCUAAUGGGUUUGCUGUUCUUGUGAUUUGUAUAUGUUAAGUGUAACCAACAAUGACUUCUUUUUCUUGAGAAUGAUCAAACCUGAAUACCUGACAUGUUGUACACAACUAAAUAUUGGUUUGGAAUAAAUGGAUUUCGUUCGCUGUCA